GAUGCGACUGCAUCGCGUCGGCGGCUCGGUUGCCCCUGGCAGCCUCCCGAGGUCCCCGUCCCUGGAUGCUGGGAGGCCUCGGCUGCGGCCGGUGGAGGAGGGCGGCCCAGGCCAUGGGGCGGGAACAUUGGGGCCAGGAGGCUAGGGGGAAGUAGCUCCCCUUCCUCAGGAGACCACAGCCCCUUCGGGAAUGGCGGCCUCGUGGCCUCAGCUGCGGAGGAGCGGGAAGAGUUCCCUUCUGGAUUUUUCCUUGGAUGAAAGCAUGCUCCCUUCCGUAGAAGAUGGUGAACUUGAAUUAUGAUCAUGGAAAAGGGGAUAAGUUCUGUGGAAGUUCUUCCCUCCAAAUCUUCUCAUGCCACUGCAGUAAGGAUGGUGGUGAAAGAACAUGAAGCAGUGCAGAAAGUGAGACAAGUGGGAUUUGUGCUUGUACAUGCAGGUGCAGGGUAUCAUUCUGAAUCCAAAGCCAAAGAAUAUAAGCAUGUGUGCAAAAGAGCCUGCCGGAAGGCAAUUGAAAAGCUACAGGCUGGGGCUCUUGUAACAGAUGCAGUGACUGCAGCGCUAGUUGAACUAGAGGAUUCACCUUUUACAAAUGCAGGAAUGGGAUCUAAUCUAAACCUUUUGGGUGAAAUAGAAUGUGAUGCCAGUAUUAUGGAUGGAAAAUCACUCAAUUUUGGAGCAGUUGGCGCUCUCAGUGGAAUCAAAAAUCCUGUUUCUGUGGCAAAUAGAUUGUUGAGUGAAGGACAGAAAGGAAAACUCUCUGCAGGCAGAAUUCCUCCUUGCUUUUUGGUUGGUGAAGGAGCCUUCAAAUGGGCAGUGGAUCAUGGAAUACCAGCCUGUCCUCCAAGCAUCAUGGCAACAAGACUUAGCUUAGCAGCGUUUAAGCGGAACAAGAGAAAACUAGAAUUGGCAGAAAAAGUGGAAACGGAUCUCUUUCAGUUGAAAAAAAGAAGACAAUCAAGUGAAAAGGAGAAUGACUCAGGAACACUGGAUACUGUUGGUGCAGUUGUUGUUGAUCAAGAAGGAAAUGUUGCUGCCGCAGUGUCCAGUGGAGGUUUAGCGUUGAAACAUCCUGGAAGAGUUGGUCAGGCAGCUCUCUAUGGAUGUGGCUGCUGGGCUGAAAAUGUGGGAAUUCAGAAUCCUUAUUCUACAGCUGUGAGUACCUCAGGUUGUGGAGAGCACCUUGUGCGGACCUUACUGGCCAGGGAAUGUUCUUGUGCUUUGCAAAAUGAAGAUGCUCAUCAAGCUCUGCUGGAAACUAUGCAAAACAAGUUUAUUAGUUCACCUUUUCUAGCCAAUGAGGAUGGUGUUCUUGGAGGAGUUAUAGUUCUUCGAUCUUGUAGGUGCCCUCCAGAGCCCAACUCUUCACAGGAAAAGCAGCCCCUACUUGUCGAGUUCCUGUGGAGCCAUACAACAGAGAGCAUGUGUGUGGGAUAUAUGUCAGCACAGGAUGGCAAAGCCAAGACCCACAUUUCCAGGCUUCCCCCAGGAGCCGUGGCGGGGCAGUCGGUUGCCAUCGAAGGAGGGGUUUGUCGGCUGGAGAGCCCAGCGAGCUGAACUGCUUCUCUUCUGCUCAGCAAGGGGAGCGCAAAGGACGUUGUGUCUCAUACGGUCUUUUGUGUUUUAACAGAUGUUGAGAAUUUUACUCUCGUUUUAUAUUCCUUAUUGCAACCACGUGCACUGUAACCUGAAACAAGUGCUGCUGUAGCUUUAUAUUAAUUCACUUUGUUUGAAUGUAUAUGAAAACUCGUCUCUUUGUGGAAUAGGAGCUCUGUUCCCAGUUGUGCACAUGAAGAUAAUGUACCGAUAAUUUAACAUUUUGAAACAUUUUUAUUUCUUAAUUGAUUAUCCUACGAUGAGAAUGCCCAGAAAUUGCAACAAGAAAUGGUUAAAAUUGUGUUGUAUGCCAUAGUAAAUGUAUUUGUUUCAUAUUGGGGGGAAAAGUACAGGUUUGAGGGCUAACUGGAAUCCAAAAGUGAUUGAAUGCGCUUUCUGUUAUUUAAUGAUUUCAGUGAUAUUGUCGACAUGCUAUCUUUUUCCAGACUAGGGCUUAUUUUUUUAAAUUUCAACAAAGAGUGGUGCAUUUCAAUGAAAUAGUCAAGAGCAGGAUUAUGGCCUGACCUUUUUAAAAAUUAAUUAUUCAGUUGGUGGUACUUUUCCUGGCUUACAUGUUAUAUAGCUUCAAGCUGUUAUGUAUUACGGAUGACUCCGUAAAGAUAAUGUAGAGAGUCAUGAAUAGUCUUUGCUUUGUGUAUAAUGAACUAUUGGAAUGUAAAUAAGAACAAAGUUUAUUGGAAGAAUCAAUAUUAUUCUUUGGUUUAAAUAUAUAUUUUGAGAGAAUGCUGUGGGAAUAAACAAGCUGUUAUUGGACAAAUAAUGCAAUCUAUUAAAUUGAUGGCAGAGAGAAUCCUCGUUUUAGCUUUUUGCUUUAGUUCAUUAAGUCCCAGAUUUUCAGUGACCAUGUAUUAAUGUUUGCAAUUCAAUUUAUAUGUUAUGCAUGCAGAGUUGCAAGUGGCCUUUUCAACGUUUAUACAGGAGAGAUCAAUGAUACACAAUUAAUGUACUUCCUUUGUCGUAGGUGUGCUUUUUUUCCCUUUGGACUUUUUCAGGGUUGAUGUUUACAGGGAUAUGACUAUAGAACAAUCUUGUUGAAUUCUUUGUGAACCGAUCUGUUGGAACGGAGUAAGAGAACAUUGAGGUUUAUUUUCUCCCCGUCUUGUGUUGAGAAGUGAUGUAUACCUCCUUUUAAAAAAUACUUGCAAAAUAUCUUCAAAAAUAUUUAUAAUUAUACAAUCAAUUUAUCUUCUCUAGUUAUUGUUUUCACCAGAAAUGAAUGGAAAAUGCUUCAAGGCUUUGCACAUUCUCCUUGGUGUAGAAAAAGCAACCUCUCAUGGCCAACCCCAUUUAGCAGUCUUUUAUAUUAUCGAAGGCUUUCAUGACCGGAAUCACUGCGUUGUUGUAGGUUUUCCGGGCUAUAUGGCCAUGUUCUAGAGGCAUUUUCUCCUGACGUCAGGAGAAAAUGCCUCUAGAACAUGGCCAUAUAGCCCGGUAAACCUACAACAACCCAGUCUUUUCUAUCUAUUGAUCUUCAGUCCUUCCAAAGUACAAUCUCCACUAAUUUGGGAAGGCUGUGAGUUGUUCUCACCUUGGCUGAAUUAGCUUGUGUGUAAACCUUCAGCACUGGGAUCAUUUGAACCACAUUCACUGCAGCUGAGCCACUGAGCUCAGAAGGCUCCUGCUCCUCCAGGUUUGAGAAGAUGCAGAACUUUGCACCACUGAUUUGUCAAGUCUGGUGUCAAACAUCAAGGUAACAUUCGCGUUUUAAAUCAAGUGUAACCUGUGUUGAUUGCUCCCUUUCAUGUCAGUUUUAAGGCUUGCUUCCCUCCUCUGUAACAAUGGUCAUGUCUACUCCCCUCUUCCUGUUCUACCACUCUCAAAGUGGGGCAGUCUUCUCCUUCUGUAUCUGCAAAGUUUAUACAUGAGGCAUUGGUAAGGCACUGUACAAUAUAUUUGUGACUUGUAGUAACCAGUUUGCACACUUUUUUGUGACACUUCAGUCAGUCCUAAUAAAGGUAUUGCCCAAC